ACCCUCAGGGGAAACUGGUCUAGAGUAGCGACAGCUACAACCUUGUUGUAUGUUCAGGGCUGCAACCUUGACCAUUCCCGGGACUCAGUUUCCCCAGCUGUGAAAUGGCAGGCCCAGGGCAUGACAUUCGGGCCACUCUCAGUCUCCCACUUCAUUUCAGGCGCGCGUUAGCUCUGGUCCAGCCGGUUCCGAUGCAGCUGAAGACCAAGGUGCGGCACCCAGGUUACCCUGAUCAUCGCAGAUUCCUCUCCGGGGCUCUGUUCUGAGGCCUCAAAAGUCCUCCUUGUAGAUGGGACCAGUCCCUUGUACCCGCUAGGGUCGUUUCGGCAGCAGCAGCGCCUGGUCUCAGUCUGGUACUGAAGUCAGGAGUGGCUUAAGGGGAAAUUGUGGUCCUCUGGUGAACCCGAGCGAAGACCCUCUCGCUUUAUUUCUGAGAUAAAGCGGGGGCAGGAGGAAGAGUCCCUGUUACGAUGCUGAUCAUCAUCGAGCUUUUCCUGAGCUCGAUGAAAUUCUUUAGGUCGCAUGAUCGAGAGUCUCUCGUGGUCUGCCUGGCCCCAGGCACCUUCCUACGAACCCGGUGUUCCAAAAGGACAAGGCCUGGGGCAGGCGACGUCCUAGCUCGCAUUCGAACAGGGCCGCGGGCCAGCAGAGACGCGCGAUGCCCAACUCUUUCCGAGAGCACCUCGCGUCCCGAACCGGCGCCUUCAACUCGGGGAAGUCAAGAGUCCGGCAAGAAACUUGACCGCACCCGCCGCCGCGCUCCAGGCCCAGGCAGGGGCUGCUGAGCCGGCUCCCCAGGAAACGUGCUCCAGCGCCCCCGCAGACCGGCGGCCUCCCGGGGACCCCUCGGCACCUGCGGCCUCCGAGGAAGGGUCCGCGCGCACUUCAAGCCCGCCCCCGCCGCGCGCCCGGAGCCGCCUCCCUGGGAGAGCGUCCGGGGCGUCCCCCCUGGGGGCGCGGGAGGCCCGGGGGCGCUGCCCGGUGGCCGCCGCGCCCGGAGGCCGCACCGCCGGCGGCGGCAGCAGCGCGGCUCCCCCUGCUCCGUGCAGCUGCCGCCCGGCGCUUGCGCACUGGGCCCAGCGCGCGGCGGCCCCAGGCUUUGUGUGUGUGUGUGUGAGUGUGUGUGUGAGUGUGUGUGUGAGUGUGUGCGUGUGAGAGUGCGAGUGUCUGUGCGCCAGUGAGUGAGCGGCGGGCGGGCGCGAGUGUGGCCGCCGCGGAGCGCGAGCAGGACCCGGCGGGCGCGCUCCCCAGCCUCCGUCUCCCCGCCGGAACCAUGUCGGGCAGGUCGGUUCGAGCCGAGACCAGGAGCCGGGCCAAAGAUGAUAUCAAGAGGGUCAUGGCGGCGAUCGAGAAAGUGCGCAAAUGGGAGAAGAAAUGGGUGACUGUUGGUGACACGUCUCUACGAAUCUACAAAUGGGUCCCUGUGACGGAGCCCAAGGUUGAUGAUAAAAACAAGAAUAAGAAAAAAGGCAAGGACGAGAAGUGCGGCUCAGAGGUGACCACUCCGGAGAACAGUUCCUCCCCAGGGAUGAUGGACAUGCACGUGGAACUCAGCUCCAGCCUGGAUGCGUUCAUUCAGAACGUCUUGGCAGUCACGCCUCACGGACCAUGCCGUGUCUUCCAUAUUGCUUCCCAGAUACACAAGGCAUCUGAUGAUAACAGCAACCAGAGCUCCAUCGCGGAUGCCUCCCCCAUCAAACAAGAGAACAGCAGCAACUCCAGCCCCGCUCCGGAGCCCAACGCAGCUGUGCCCAGCGAUGGCACUGAGGCCAAGGCAGACGAGGCCCAGGCUGAUGGGAAGGAGCACCCAGGAGCUGAAGACGCUUCUGAUGAGCAGAACUCACAGUCCUCGAUGGAACAUUCAAUGAACAGCUCAGAGAAAGUAGACCGGCAGCAGUCUGGAGACACGGGUCUGGCCACAGAGACGUCUGCAAUCUCUCAGGUACCUCGCUCGAGGUCUCAGAGGGGCAGCCAGAUCGGCCGUGAGCCCGUUGGGUUGUUGGGGGAUCUGGAAGGAGUGCCACCCUCUAAAAAGAUGAAACUAGAGGCCUCUCAACAAAACUCGGAAGAGAUGUAGACAUUGCUUGAAAGCCUCCGAUCCAUGUUUCAUGGAAGGUACAUCAGCAAUUAAUUCUAGAGCAACUUUGCCCGAGCGAUUCCUCUUGGGUACGAACAGAACUACUAACGUUUCAAGUUUACCAAGUGCAAAUCCAAGAAGACCCAGAACGGCGGAACUUCUCAGACACUGAAGAACUCUCUGCUGUGAAGCAAAACCCUCAAACCUUUAAGGGACCGUCCUUGGGGAGGCGGUGGGGCGGCAGCUCAGGAGUGUCUGCACACUGCUCGGAAGCCAGGAUCCCAUUUGUGUUGCUGCUGUAUUUUUUCCCACUUCUCUAUGUAACGAUAUAAGCUAUUGGAGGGUGGUACCGAUCAGGAACGCUUUCCGGCGGGGCUUUUCACUGUUCAACCAAUUCCUUCCGCUUUCUUUUUUUGUGCCUUGUGCCCUUGAGGUGACCUCUGGCAUGUAUCCUGGUGGAUUUUGCAUCUCCCCUCUGCAAAGUGCCCUCGUGGUUUGGUUCGGGAGGCAGCUGCCAUCCUUCUCACCGCUCUCCUCCCUGCCCCAGGACUUGAUCGGAGCAGGCAGGGUGGAGGAGGGGAGCUCCUUAGCCCACCUGGUUUUCAGGUGCACGGGACCUUAUGCACGCCCCAAGCAUCAGGCACCAGGGCCCAAGGACGCGCAGGUGCCAGGCAUAGUCCCCAAGGGCUCUGCACCUUGGUCCAGGCUGGGUACCCACUGUGCCCUCCCUUCCUUGGGGCCUUUAGGGCUCGGCAUCUCCGAGCCUAGAUGGACAUGCAAAGCCCUUGGAAUUUUCUGGCACUUCCUCUCUCUUGCCCUCACCCCCACCCCCACCCCAUCACUGCUUUCUCCCAGACCUCUGGAUACAAAAUGGCUUCUCUGGCUGACUGCAGGCUGUCUCCUGAAGGCACUGAGUAUGCCGGGGAGGCUGGGAGCUGGCGGCAGGAUUAGCUGGUGCUGAACUUUCUCUCAUAGGACGUCGCCUGGAUUUCAAAUCCACAGUCACCUGUUGCCCUCCGCCUCCCCUGAUGCCCCAGCCCACGCCCCAAGAGGCAGGAUCACAGCGGUCAGAAUCCACGUGCUUUCCCAUUCGUAGGCUGUUCUGACUCUCAGAGCCAACAGCUGGACCAUGUCUCAUCCCCAGAACGUGCCGUCGGUCCCCACCGGGGAGUGGGCCUUGAUGGCUGGGCCUUGAAGGCCACAAACAAGGCGUUGAGGAAUUGGAAAGAUUUGCACACCCUCCAGAAAGGAGAGAUGGUCUCCCCUCCCUCCCACCCCACACCUGCGCUGGCUCGGCUUCCUCUCACCCAAUGGGACGCCCCGAGGACGAACUGCCUAAUCGUUUGGUUCUGAGGCCUGGUUUGCUCUUAAUGAAUAUAUGGACUCCUCAGACCUUAAACCUUUUCCUAAGCUUUCUUUACUGCACUGGAGUUCUGACUCCCUUUGAGUUGUGUGUUACUGGGGGGGUGGGGGUUGCGGGUUUUGUUUUCUGGGGCUAAUUGGUGCAUAUUCAGGUACCACCUUGAUGUGUGGCUCUUUCUCCUGACCAUCACGGGAAGUGUCUGCCGGAUUCCAUUUUCUAAGAGUUUCUGAGGGUGAGGCUCUUAUUUUUUUUAAGGGAUCCUGUCUAUUUCCUGCACUUCAAGAAGAAUCAAAAUGUUCCUGAAUUUCAAAUACCUCAUGCAAAAUGUCUCCUGAAAUAAGGGAAAAAAAAAAAAAAAAAAAAAACAACUUUGAAAAUCUUAAUGUUGAAGUGAGCAAUGCCGAAAGGUUUCUGUCUUAAAAAGAAAAUUCCUGUACUUAUCCCUUUUGCCCCGUAGGCGGUUAGUUUUGUUGAGAACUGCGUACCUGAUGCGGUUCCUCUCCAUGCAUCUCAAGGCGGCGUGACCUCCAGAUCCCGUGGAGUCACGUUGUCUUUGCAGCGAAACUCCAUCUUGGUGAGAGAUGAAUUUGGAUAUUUAUUUCCUUUUCUUUUUUGGGAAAUGAGAGGCUACAACCAAGACAGCUGAAGGAGAAUGAAACAGACACAUCCACAGACACAGGCGUAGGUGGCCCUGCCGCUUGCCGCGGCCUCUCUGGACUGGUAAGGGGAGUUGGCGCAGGUGAGGACUCAGACGACGUCCACCGUCCCCAGGCUGUCACUAGUUUUUCUCUGAAGUGCCUGAAGGUAGGAAUGGGCCGGCGAUCGGGACCAGCUGGGCCCCGCCACGGCCACGCCAGGCAAAGCGCCAGCAGCCCUGCACUCCACGCUGGCCAAGAAGGCCUUCCACGCAGAAUGACGAGACUGCAAAAAUCCCAUGUGCUUCCUUCCCUGGCGCAGCCGCUCCUCCGAGCCGCUGCCCCCCACCCACCCUGCACCCCUCGCCCUUCCCCCACCACAGAAUCUAAGACCUUUCAGCUUCGAGCCAGGGGCGGGGGAUCCCCAGCAAAAGCCUUCCGUGGACAUCAGGCCCCGUGGCCUCAAGGGCUCCCAGGGCAAACCUAAUUCCCCUCAAAACUUGAAGUCGGGGAAGCUGCGGCUACACAUUCCACAAGUGCUGGCACUUACACCCACAACCCGGAAGGCUGUGGGCCGAUUCCUCUAGGGCGGUGACCUCCCAUUAGCAAACGGUGUCAUGGUUUGGAAUGUUCAUUAUCGCUGAGGACCUGAUUAGAGGGGUAAAGACCUUUUUUCACCGUUACCUAAUUUUCCCCCCCCUCAAUAUUUUUUUUUUGGUGUGUUGUACAGCAGUAUAAUUUUUCACUUAUUUAUUCCAUCAGUAGAUAUGGUUUGUACAAUGUACAAUGGUUUCAUUUCAGAAAAUAAAAAUUUCAAAUCCUGAA